AUGGAUACUAAAAGAAAAAAUAGGAAAACUGCAACAAAUAGUUACAACCCGCUUAAAUGUUUACAAAUAAAUCUAGAUAGAGAAUACGCAGCGACUAACGAAUUGUUUAAGUAUGUGACGGAUAAUCAGAUUGAAAUAGUGUUUGUUAACGAGCCUUAUGUUGGAAGUGGCACCUAUAUGAGACGUUGCCCCGGCUACCAUAUUCAUCAGUUUUCAACUAAACAUCAUGUCAAAGCAUGCAUACUCAUCAAACAAAAUAUCGGGAGUUCGUUGGGCAUCUCAGAAGACUCCACUUCCAACAUUUGUAUAGUACAAAUAACUACAAACGGCAAAAAAAUAUUUCUUAUCAGUGUAUACGUUGAACCAAAUACUGAUGAAAGUAACACAAUUAAUACAUUAGAGCUCUUUCUACAAAAGACAAAAAAUUACAGCCAUAUCAUUUGUGGUGACUUCAAUGGCUGGCACCCUUUAUGGAACUCAUCCAGGGCAAAUCGGCGAGGAAAUAUUAUAGCAGACUUAUUAACCACUAACGAUCUUAACCUUUGUAAUUCUGGAAAUGUACCAACAUUUGAGACUGUUACUCACAACAUCCAUCGAGAAUCCAUAAUUGACCUUACUUUAACCUCCAAUCUGUCAUCAAAUCGAAUCAGUAACUGGAAAGUUGAUAUAGAAGUCUGCCCAUCCUCCGGUCAUAACGCAAUAACUUUUGAAUUAUUGAUAAAUAAAAACAGUAUACCCAAGCCAAAGAAACUAUCCACGUUCAAAUAUCAUACCCAAAAUGUAAAAUGGGAACAAGUCCACACAACUUUCAAAGAAGAAGUUGAAAAAAAUAUAGAUUUAAAUGUAAACAUAGAACAAUUCAAUAGUUUUGAACUAGAACAAUUCAUAGGCAAUUUAACAUCAGCUAUACAAAAAUCUUGUGAUUAUCUGUUUCCACAAAAAGGAGGAGCACGCAAUAGAGCAAUAUGGUGGAAUGACGAGCUAGAGCAGCUGAAACAAAAAGUUAUCAAGAAUCAUCAUAGGAUCCAGCAAUUGAAACGACGGAAAAAAUCAUUAACCGAAGUGAUAGAAGAAAAGACAAAACUAAAGACAGAAUAUGCGCAGGCAAUCAAAACUGUAUCAACCAACCAUUUCAGAGAGUUUUGCAAUAAACAGGGGAAGGAAGAUGUUUGGAGUGUCACUAAUAGGCUUCUUAAAACUACACCUCUAACUCAACCACCAACGACACUAAAAACGAAAGCAGGCAACUACACCUCAACCACCAAGGAUACCGCAGAAACAUUGUUAAACGAGUAUUUUCCUGAAGACGAACCUGACAUAAGCUCUAGACACAUGGAAAUACGCAAAAUGGCGGACAAACCAAAGAAAACAGCAACUGGCAGUACAGAUAAACCACCUUCAAUCAAAAGGAAAACUGUGACAAAAGCCAUAAAGGGCUCCGGCCAAGUUCAUACCGAUAUAGACACAAAGACAGCAGAGUUACCAACUCAGGAAACACAGGGUGAAAAGGUUUUGAACCUCUUGGAAAUAGAGGAAGCCGAAAAACUGCACCACCAGACAGGGUGGGGUGCAGAAAAGGAUGAACAGGGACCGCAGACCUCAGACUUGCUUUACUCUUCACCAAAUCUCGACGAGGCAACAUCAUCAUCUCCUGUGUUAUCAAGGACUGGUGCAAGCCUCUUACGAAUACGCACACAGAUUAAACAGGCGAGGGCUGCAGAAGCCAAAGAAGCCCUAAAAAUGUUGUCGGAGACUGAAGACACCGCAGAGUCGGAUAUUGACAGUGGAGACACUAACACGUCCCUCAAUACUUCCACGAGGUCGAUUGGAGGAAACCGGAUGCUCCUUAAUGAUUUGCCCAGACAUGCCAAUGAAGUGCUGCAAAGAACGAAGGCAGAGCUGGAAAAAUCUGGAAAUCUAAAGAGGGAAAUCCGGGAAAGUGUCGUCUCGGGGAUGUAUACAUUAUAUGAAAUGGUCCUCAAAUUGUCUGAUUCGAGAAUUUUACACAUUCUUGAAUCCAGCAAACAAAAACUAAAUGUCUCACGUGAAUCAGAAAGGCUCACACAAAGGCAUGCAAGGUUCAUGCACGAGACUUUAGGACAAUAUGCUAACUUAAAAGAGAACGUAGAAAAGCUUUUGAAAGAAACAGAAUCUACCCGAUCAAUUGUCUCGUAUGACCUUUGUGAGGCGGUAACGGCAACAAAGAAAGAAAUCGUCAAUGUACGUAAAGAAAUCACCCUAGGUUCAUCCAUCUCGAGUCAGAUGCAAUUCUUGAUGGAGGAACUAAAACAACUUCGCGCGAACACCGACACCCUUAAGAACCCUACUCGUCAAGAAAUUGACUUAUCUCGCUUCGCCGAAGAGCUGCAGGAACUCCGUCAGGCGGUUAGAGAACUCACCAAAGAUAGGGUAAUCCCGCAGACACAAAGUAGUGAACACAGCCCAGAGAUACCAAACCAAGAGAUGUUAUCGGAAAAACAUCACAAAAAAUUUAUCGAGGAACUUCAGGAUCAUAUCUCAGAAAUCAAAGCACAAAUAACAGCAGAGGUAGCAGAAUUAAGGCACGAAAUCCUGAAGAUAACGAGAGAUAUCAAAGGAAUAACUGAUGCCUCAUUCAAUUCUCAGCUACCCUCAGUCCAGGCAAACCUGGAAGAACUGAGAAGAGAGACGAGAGAACUGCGAGACACCACGGUGGAUUCAGCAGCUCCAAUUAGAGUUGCAAUAGAGAGCCUCAGAAAAGAGCUAAAGAACCAACCAGGUGUAAAUGAAGCAGACUUCACUGGUAACAACUCUCAACUAAAAGGGGAUGAUAUAAACGAUUACGAGAAAAGAGAUCAAGCAACAGUAUUCAAGCAUAAAAGCUUCACACGUACAUUCUCAGAGGUGGUGAUGAAGCCGCAUUAUCCGGUGAUAGUGGAAUCGGCUGACCCUAGGAACACUAGCGAUGAUAUCAUAAAACAGGGUAACUGA